AACAAGCGCCGUGCAAAUUGUGUUUUCAAACUUUGAAAAAGCUACCAGAUAUUUGUUUAGUUUUUCUCUUGAACUCAAUCCAAGUAGUUUUUUUAUACACAUUUAUACAACUGCAGGAAACUAGUUUUACCUUCUUUCACCGCCACAAAAGCGCAAAAUUAAUAUCGAAAGAAAACAAACGCAACUAUGCCAAGCCAAGCUGUUAAUGCCAAUCUUAGUUUUAAUAUUAAAUUGCUGUCAGGCAAGAACGUGGUACUCGUUGAAUGUCCCGGCUUCGAGAGUGAACUCUUUUUGCCGCAGAUCAUCAAAGGCCGCAUCAAUUUCCAAAAUAUCAUACCAACACAUCGAUGCUGCAAUGCAGCCGCUGCCAAUGUGCAAACUGAUCAACUAAUAUUACCCGGCUUUAAGUUGGGGGGUCUUAAAAUCGUUGCUGCUUCUCAACCAGCUAAAACGCCACAGAAGCACAGCUAUGCCGAGAUGCAAGUGAGCAAUCUAUCCGGACCAUUGGCCCGAAGCACACCCUCGAAUGGACGCCCUGGCAAGGAAAACAUACUGAUAACAAAGACACCGGAGCGAGCACGUUUCAAGCCCAGCAAAGAAGUUGUUCCCCAGGAAUUGCCUGGAGAGGCGCUCGAGAAAUCUCUCCCACAACUCAUCGAUAUACCGACGUUGAACGUUAGCGAUACUAUGAUGCACAGCAGCCCAUUACGUUUCUCUCCUAACUCAACCUUGACGCUGUCUGGCAAAUCAAUGGAUUCCUGUCUCUCCAAAGCGCCACCAAUGAAAACCUACUCUCGCCCAAAGCCGAAUGCUUCAGCGCAGACAAAGCCACCAAUUUCUUGGUCUCCGUUGCAAAAGAAGAAAAAGACGUCGAAGGUAUCCUCAACAAAGCCGCUGAGUCCCGCCAUGAAACUUGAGGUGCGUCAUCGCAAGUUGAUUGUGGACAACAAAAAGUCCAUCUCAUCAAAUGUGUCACAAAAACCUGUAGCCAAGCCAAUUACGAAGACGGCGAUCCGACGCUUGCAGGUGACAGGCAAAACGCGGGUCCAAUUCGAGGCGCUAAAGGAGACGGCUUAUGAUCGACUGACGUUACCAGGACGGGGUCACGUUUCGGAUGCGCUAUCUAAGCAAUUUAAGGACGCUUGUUUGGACAAGUACAUGGAAACGUUGCCGACCUAUGCGGCGUUAGCGAAGACAGCUCCUUUGCAGAUGGAUCGCCAAGUGAAGACAUUAAUGGCCAAGGAGAAGCGCUUGGAGAAGCAACUGACGAAAUCUCAGCUAGUUAGAAUAAUGAAAUCUUAAAUUACAAACUGAUAAAACAAACAUUGUAAGCGAAUUCUUGAGAUAUGAAAUAGUAUCUAUUGUCAAAUACAGACAGUUUUGAUGGACAA